AUAUGACUCGGCGCUAGGACCGUGGCUCUGUCAGUGCGCAAAUCCCAGCAGAGAGGCAGCGCUCCGGCAGAAGAGGCUGUACGCGGAGAGACAGAGGCUGUCUGUCGGCGCUGCGGUUCAACCCAUCACCGGCGUGGGAGGUUGCACCUUCUACGGCGCACGGACCUGAACCUGCCGGGCUGCGGAGCCCUCCAUAUGGGCUCACCAUGCGAAGGAUACGGGCCAACGCCAUCGCGAUUCUGACCGUUGCAUGGAUCUUAGGGACGUUUUAUUACCUGUGGCAGGACAACAAGCCCCAGUCGUCGCCGUCGUCGUCGGCUUCGCAGACUCGCGGCAGGGGCCAUGGGCAAAAGGUGGUCCCCGGUCGACUGGAGAUUCACCGGGAUGACAGGACCAUCCCGCUGAUAGUGACCCAGCCCCCUCGGGCCGAGCAGCAGGGCCAGCUGCUGGGCAGCUUCGAUGAGAAGGCUUACUUGGUGGCAAAGCAGCUGAAACCGGGCGAUGACCCGUACAGGGAGCAUGCCUUCAACCUGCAGGAGAGCGACCGGCUGGGCGGAGAGCGAACCAUCCGAGACACUCGGCACUACAGGUGUGCAGCUCUGACUUAUGACACAGACCUUCCCUCCACGAGCAUCAUCAUCACUUUCCACAACGAGGCCCGCUCUACUCUUCUUCGCACCAUUAAAAGUGUCCUGAUGCGAAGUCCCCCAUCUUUGAUUCACGAAAUAAUCCUGAUAGAUGACUUCAGCUCUGACCCUGAUGACUGCCAGCUGCUCGCUCAGAUCCCUAAAGUGCGCUGCCUGAGGAACAGCAGGAGAGAGGGUCUGAUCCGAUCACGUGUGCGAGGAGCCAACACGGCCUCUGCGUCCAUCUUGACCUUUCUGGACAGCCACUGUGAGGUCAACACUGACUGGCUGCAGCCAAUGAUACAGAGAGUCAAAGAGGAUCAUACACGAGUGGUCAGCCCCAUCAUUGACGUCAUCAGCCUGGAUAACUUUGCCUACUUGGCUGCCUCUGCUGACCUGAGAGGAGGAUUUGACUGGAGUCUCCACUUCAAGUGGGAGCAGAUUCCCAUUGAGCAAAAAAUGGCAAGAAGUGACCCCACACAGCCAAUAAGGACUCCCGUCAUUGCUGGUGGAAUCUUCGUCAUGGACAAGAGCUGGUUCAAUCACCUCGGCCAGUAUGACACCCACAUGGACAUCUGGGGAGGGGAGAACUUUGAGCUUUCCUUCCGGGUAUGGAUGUGCGGAGGAAGUCUGGAGAUUCUUCCCUGCAGCCGCGUGGGCCAUGUGUUCAGGAAACGGCACCCAUACGAUUUCCCAGAGGGCAAUGCUCUUACUUACAUUAAGAAUACCCGGCGGGCCGCUGAGGUGUGGAUGGAUGAGUACAAACAGUACUACUACUCUGCAAGGCCGUCGGCUCAGGGGAAAGCCUUUGGCAGUAUCGCAGAUCGUCUGGCGCUGCGACGGAAGUUGAACUGCAAACCUUUCCGCUGGUACAUGGAGAACGUCUAUCCAGAGCUGAGGGUCCCUGAGCAGGAAGCUGUGUCCAGUGUGCUGAAACAGGGCGGUUUGUGUCUGGAGACCCGUGGGACCGACGGCCUCGGCCUGGCAGAGUGUAGGGGCCUCGGAGCCAACAGGCCUCAGGCACAGAGAUGGGAGUUAAUAGAGCCUCUGAUCCGGCAGCAGGACCUUUGUCUGGCAAUUUCUGCCUUCACAGCAGGGUCGAAGGUCAAGAUGGAGCUCUGCAAUACAAAAGAGCCACGACAGAAGUGGAAGCCAAAAGGCACAGCUCUGCAGCACAUGGUCAGUGGCCUCUGCCUGGAUAGUCAGACCCCAACGGGACCUCCAGUCAUUUCACAGUGUCGCCCCCAGAUGGCCAGCCAGUCCUGGGAGCCACAAGUCAUUACCUGAGCCACAGCAAAUGGGAAGAGGGAGAGGGAGGAGCAGAUUCUGGACCCAGCCUGCAGAAGGAAUUGGGGUAUCACGUCUGCACACUGUUUGUCGCCUUGCUGAGGGAUAAAAGGAGUGAGAACUCUACUGUCGUGAAGUCAACUUCUAGCUCCUGCUCAUUGUGUGUUGAAGACACGAGCGCCGCUGAAAACAUUUUAAGACCUUGUUGAAGAAAACAUCUAAGGUCUUCUGUGUACAGUGCUUCAUCCUUCCGGGAUGCUUUAGUUCUUCUACGUAAUCUAAGCUUUUCACAGAAAACUGUCGCACAUCCCACUUUUUAAUUUCUGUAUCUAUCCUGGUCCCCAGGUUGCUUAAAUCUGGAAUAGUGAAGAUUAUUUCAAAAAGAAAGAGUGCAUAAUGUACUGUUGCUAAUAUGCUGACCUGCACCUGACCCACUAUGAGUCUUGAGGUUGUUGGGGCGUUGAAGCAUGUCUGAUGACUGUGUGGACCGGGGCAGCUUUACAUGUAUGUGUAAUCAACUAAAAUCUGAGAUUUUUUUUUCUUAUUGCUGAAUGGCAGGCUUGAAAGCACCAUGCAAAGCACUGUCAGGAAGAUUAUUUAUUGUUUUGCAUGGUCAGACCCAAAGAAUGUUUUUUCUUUUUCCUCUCUGUCUCUACAAAGUUUUAUGUAAAUAUUUAAAGCAGGUAAUGGCUUGUUUUGUGUAAAGUUCUCUAUAUGUUGUUUGAAAAAAUAAAAUGUGGUAAUGAAGAAA